CACACACACACACACACACGCACACACACACAAAGCUCAAAGUUCAGAUACAAGUGCAUACAGACACACUGUGGUGGAUGAUCUGAUUGUCCUGUUGAGUGUGUGUAGCUUGAAUAAUGAGAGACACUUCAGAAACUCAUGAUGAUGAGCAUGAUAACUUUGACACCAGAGACGACACUGCCUUCUGGAGGAAAGAAGGCUCUUUCAGUGUGAUUCCAUCCUUCAACGGCUCCUUCAGUUUCACUGGUUGCUCUCGAUGGUGUGUGUGUAUGUUCACUGUUUUGGCCAUUUUUCUGUUAGCAAUCAUCAUCUCCAUCUCUCUAAAUAAAACGCAGGUUGACAGGAGGCUUUCAGCUGUAGAAAGUGACAUGAAGAAUUUGAGUCAGUCUUUAGUUUCACACACGAACAAGGUACAGCAGCUGGAGAAGCAGGGUGCUGAUGCUGUUCGCAGUGUUAAUGGAUUGAGACUCAGUUUGAACAGUCUGCAAACUCAGGCUCAAGACUUCUUGACUGAGGUAAACAACAUAAAGGAAUCUGUGACUCAGCUGAAAUGUCACUUCGACACUCUCCAAAACAACACCCAGCAACAGUGUUGCCCAAUGGAUUGGCAGCUUUUCUCUUCACACUGUUAUUAUUUUUCUACUUAUGGAAAGUCUUGGAAUGAAGCUCGAGAUACAUGUGUGAAUAUGAAAGCAGAACUGCUGAUCCUGAAGAAUAAAGAGGAAAAGGGAUUUGUGAUAAAGAACACCAAGCCUUUAUUUUACUGGCUUGGUCUGAGUGAUGAGAGAACCGGAGAGUGGGAGUGGCUGGAUGGAACGCUGUACCAAAUGGACAAGAGAGAUUGGAUGCCUGGUCAACCUGAUAACUGGCAUUUACAUGGUCUGGGUGGUGGAGAAGAUUGUGCUCACUUCCACAGUGAUGGACGAUAUAAUGAUGAUCAUUGCUCCCGGAAUUACCGUUUCAUCUGUAAAUCUCUUGCAUACAGAGUGUGAUAAUUGUACUACUACUACUAUUACUACCACUAAUAAUAAUAAUAAUAAUAAUAAUAAUAAUAAUAAUAAUAAUAAUACAUUUCAAAUCUAAUUGUAAUCUCACCAGGGACCACAAUGAGGCAAAAACUAUACAGGAUUGCUUUGAUUAACAGAACCAGUUGGAGUUUGAGUUUUUUCUGGUUUAAGGUUAAUGUUUUUAAAAAAUUAACUUUAUCCUAAAGUAUAAUUUAAUAUUAUUUUUACAAGAUAUUAUAAUAUAAGACUUAUGAUCUGAUUUUUAUUCAUAUUAUUUUUAGAACUUGUUUAAAUGAUGAGUUAAAUUUUGGUAAAAAAUGUAAUGUCUGUAAGAUUCUGGAAUAAGCUCCAGUCUAGAAAUCUCAAUCUCCUCUGAACUUAUAAUAAACUGCACAUUAAUGUCAUGUUUGGUGAGAUGGGGUGUUGAAGCAGUGCUAAACCCCUUAAUUAGUCCUGGAUGACUAGUGAUAAGGGAAGUGCCUUUGUUUGUAACUUAAUGUACUUCAUAUUAAUAAAA